UAGAUAAAGAAAGAGAAAAGAAAGAUGAGAGAAAAGAGAGGAAUACCUGAAGAUGUGGGAGUGGAGAAUUCGAAAGUCGGGAGUUCGAAAGUUGGGGCUUUGGAGUUGGAAGUGGGGAGUUCCAAGUUGGAAGUAGGAAGUGGAGGUUGGGAGUGAAGAGUUCUAAGGGUAUUUCUAAGACGGGGUAAAGUUUUAUCUCUUUUUUCUCUAAAGGCUAGAAGGGUAGAACAAAAUCGCAAGCUAAAGGGGGAAAGCUCCAAAUUCUAUUAUACCAUUAAAACUUACAUUCACUUUUGUCACAAAUGACUUAAAAAGCUUAUAUAUCAUCCUUUUGAAACAUAGGUGGAUGAUGAAAAACAAAGGAAAUUGUUGAAAAUUACAUUUUCUUAAAUUAAAAGUAAUUGCCGUCUUUGGGGCAAAAUGAUUAUUUUGCCCCAAGUCAGAAUCAUGAAAAUGACCAAAUGGUCCCAAAAAAGGUUCCAUAAGCUAUAGCCAUCAAUGUUAGUUUCGAGUGCUUCCAGCAAUCGUCCGAUGAAAAUAACGACGUAGAAACAAUGGGCUCGAUGAGACGUUCGAUGUAAGCGAUGGUCUUGGAUCGAACGUUUAAUCUCACUUAGAAAAUCUGGCCAAAACACAUAAACUUGAGAUCUUUGAUGCUUGAUCUUAAUCAUCUCGUGAUGUUUCGGGUUGAUUUAUUCAUCACAAAUUGAUGGGAAUACCGUUGCGAUCGUUUUGUGAUAAAAAUCCCUCAAGUUGGUUGCCGGAUCGUCGUUUUCUAAAUUGUAGAAGUUGCCGAAAAACGAGAUUCCGGUUGCCGAAAAAAUGUGCCUACUUUGAAGCAUUAAUAGAGUGCCUUCCGGGCCUUCAUUCCUAGCUUGUGGGUACUCAAAACGACCCCCUCUAAGUCAUGGUCGCAACGGACUUGGCCUUGUAGUCAUGGGGCUUCGGAAUAUUGAGAUAUGAGUGUUCAAGAGAGGAGAUACACGACUGUAAUUUUCCUGCAAUUCCAUGUUUUUUGGCGAUCUUCUCUUUAGGAUUUCUCCCUAUCUGGGAGCUUCCACGGGGCGUGCCACUUGUCAAAACAUAAGGCACGAUGGAGGGAAUAGUAAAAACAUAGUUACUAUAAAUUGUAAUUGGUUCAUCUUAGUCGAGUGAGUAGUAAAAAAAGUUACCAUUUUUGGAAAGUAAAACCUCGGAAGGUUGGAAUGAGCUGAAAUUUGCUAUGGUAACUAUCCAAUGGUGGUGGUCUCACAAUCAUUGGUGGUCUUUAGAGAGGUUUCCCUAAAUGUGGUACUGUAAGUCGUUAGAAACUCGCCAGUUUUGGGCAGCAGGACUUAGAAAGGUCAAAUUGUGUCGAAAUGUGGCAUGGUGAAUGUUCUUAACCUCCCAAGUCCAUUGGCGGUGGUCCCAUGGUCACUUGAGGUCCCAAGAGUGGGUUUCCUCAAAUGCGGUGUACCGUAAGUCACUAGAAAGCUGCCAUUUUUGGGCAGAAGGACCUAGGAGGGUCAGAUUGCAUCGAAAUUUGGCAUGGUGACUGUUCUUAAUCUCCAAAAGUCCAUUGGCGGUGGCCCCAUGGUCAUUGGAAACCUUUGGAGUACGGUCUUGGCUAUGGUGCAUCCUAGGCAUGUUAGGAGCCUAAGCUGAAAAUUGAUUUCUACCCGCUUUCUCCAAUUUGCAUCGAAAUUGAACGAAACUUGGAGGGAAACCUUGUAUUGUCAUGAGGAAAUCCUGUGACUAAUUUGGGGAUGAUCUGACAUCAUCCUCGGGGCUUCUCAGAAUAAGGUUUAUUUGGUCAGGGCUUCUACGGUCCACUGGCAUUUUGGUACCUACGGGCUUAAGUUGCCGCUGACUUCUCUUUUAUUUGCAUCAGGGAUAUAAGUGUGUCAAAAAUACCAUCAAACACUGUAAGCAAGGAGUUUCCCUUUUUGGUUUUUGGUUUGUAAAGUGUCUAUGACUACUGGAUAUGUUUGGUUCUUUGAUUUCUUUUCUCCUUUUACCUGGGUUAUUUCAUGUUUGCCUCUAUCUAUUGCAAUUGGUUGCUGGGAGCUCGUACUGCUAGUGGUGUUGCUCCUAUAACCUAUGCUCCCUUGGAAAUUUCUAAGAGGAAAUGACUCUCUUUCUCUCCUCAUCCUGCUUCCGCUUGAAUUGGGGGCUUGGGAAGACUAUUCAAACAAUUGCAUUCCUGGUUGCUGUGCUUGGAGCAGAUGCAGAACAUAGUGAAAAUCAGAUGCUUACGGGGGACAUUUUGAAAAAUAAGAGCCUCACGUUGAUAGUCUGUCCUACUUCCAUUAUUCAGAAUUGGGAAAAUGAAUUUUCAGAAUGGGGGAGUUUUGAUGUUGCUGUUUAUCAUGGCUCAAACCGUGAUCUUAUUCUAGAUAAAAUAAAAACAAAGCAUGUUGAGAUCCUAAUAACUAGUUUUGACACAUUCAGGAUUUAUGAUACCAUCCUUUCUGAGGUUGAAUGGGAUAUUGUGAUUGUUGAUGAGGCACACCGAUUGAAAAAUGAGAAAUCCAAGGUUUACAAAGCUUUGUCAAGAAUCAGAACUAACAAGCGCUAUGGGCUUACUGGAACAAUAAUGCAGAAUAAAAUUUUAGAGUUGUUUAAUCUUUUUGAUUGGGUUGCUCCUGGCUCCUUAGGAACUCGUGAGCAUUUUAGAGAAUUUUAUGAUGAGCCCUUGAAGCACGGUCAGAGGUUAAGUGCUCCUGAAAGGUUUGUGCGGAUUGCUGAUAAGCGUAAGAAUCAUCUAGUUGCAGUUUUAAGUAAAUAUUUGUUAAGGAGGACUAAGGAGGAGACAAUCGGUCACCUUAUGAUGGGGAAGGAGGAUAAUGUUGUCUUUUGUGCCAUGAGCGAAGUGCAAAAGCGUGUAUAUAAGAGGGUGCUUGAAUUGCCAGAUAUUCAAUGUCUUAUGGAUAAGGAUCUGCCAUGUACUUGUGGAAGCCCCUUAACUAGGGUUGAGUGUUGCCAUAGAACUGUUCCCAGUGGGAUUAUCUGGUCUUAUCUUCAUAGAGAGAAUCCUGAAGGGUGUGACUCAUGCCCAUAUUGCCUAGUUCUUCCUUGUCUUGUGAAGCUUCAGCAGAUCAGCAACCAUUUAGAGCUGAUUAAACCUCAUCCUAGGGAUGAUGUGGAUAAACAAAAAAAAGAUGCUGAUUUUGCUGCUACUGUGUUUGCGAGAGAUGCCGAAUUGGUUGGUGGCAUUACUCAAAAUGAGAGUUUUGUCGGUCUUAGUGAUUCUGAGCACUGUGGAAAAUUGCGUGCUUUGGAAAGGCUACUGUUUUCGUGGAUUUCACGUGGUGACAAAAUUCUUCUAUUCAGCUAUUCUGUAAGAAUGCUAAACAUACUGGAGAAGUUUAUAAUACGGAAAGGUUAUUGCUUUUCCAGGCUUGAUGGUUCUACCCCUAUUAACUCACGGCAGUCUCUUGUUGAUGAAUUCAAUUCAAGUCCCAGCAAGCAGGUAUUCCUUAUAUCAACUCGAGCCGGGGGUCUAGGGCUGAAUCUUAUGAGUGCAAAUCGGGUUGUGAUAUUUGACCCCAACUGGAAUCCUGCACAAGAUUUACAGGCACAGGAUAGGUCUUUUCGUUAUGGGCAAAAACGUCACGUUACAGUCUUUCGUCUUCUGGCAGCUGGUUCUCUAGAGGAGCUUGUGUACACCCGUCAGAUAUAUAAACAGCAACUGUUCAGUAUUGCUGUUUCGGGAAACAUGGAAAAACGAUAUUUCGAAGGUGUUCAGGACUGCAAAAAUUUCAAAGGCGAGCUGUUUGGAAUAUGUAAUCUAUUCCGUGACUUGUCAGACAAACGUUUCGCAAGUGAGAUCAUUGAACAACAAGGCAGACACACACAAGACAAAACAGGAUGUGAAACUGAUUAUGUAACCGAAAGCUUGCAUAACAGUUCACAAGUGAAUAAAGCAUUGCUGUCAAAUGGUGAAGCUGCUGUGCAAAGCAAAAGGGAAAGAGAGCCAAUGGUAGCAGAUCUGCUGGAAGAAUUGGGUAUCAUGUAUGCACAUAGAAACGAAGAUGUUGUCAACUUUGGAUCUAACCCCCAAGGGAGAGUAGCGGGUAUAUGCAAGAGUGUUUCCAUGGAUUCAUCUGACAAAAACACUACAAACCCAAAGAAGAGGAAGCUUAGUGCCCCUGAUUUGUUGAAUAAUACCACUGAAUGUGGUAGCAAGUUGAGAAACUGAAAGUAAAUAGCCUUGAAGUAGCUGGGCAGAAAGCAAGAGGGACUGUAGGGUGUGAAAUAAAAAAGAAUGAGGAGAAGAAGAGUCAAUAUGGCCUCCUAGCUCAGUUCAAGGGCAUGGAAAAACUUGAAUUUAGCAAAUGGUUAAUCUCUGCUAAGUCUUCUGAACGCCAGAAAUUGCUUCACGAUUACAAGAAUAAAAAAGAAAGUCACUAGAACAGCAAUGUAAAUCAGAAAGUGAUAUUUUUCCUAAUUCAGAGGAAGAUAAUGGUGCCAUGUAAAUUGAAGAAGCUUCUAUAACAUGUAAAUUAUUGUAUUUUCAUUUUCAAGAUGUUUUAGGGUAUGGCCCUUGAUAGAGCAGAAUGACGGAUCAGGAUUCGUGUAAACAAUCCCAAAUAGUUGGGAAAAGGUUCUGAUGAUGAUGAUAACGAUGAUAAGGCAUUGUUUUCAUUUUUCAAAAUUUUUUCCCUAAAGGUAAGGUAGUGUUUUUGCCUAGUAUCGAAUGCUUGCAAUGACUACAUAACAUGAUCCCAUUGUUCCUUUUGGGCAU